AUGGUACGUAGGGCAGACAGCCAUCUCACACAGCUGAUUAUAGAGAGACCUUAGGACCAGAGUUUUAUUUUAAUAUUUUCAACCACAAAUCAUGUAAAUCUCAGAGUGAACGUUUCUAAUAGGCUUUUAUUCUUCAUAGUGCCUAUAUCAUCAUGGCUUGUACCUUAUCAGGCGAACCCCGGUCUUCGGGGCCUUGUGAAGAGCAUCCAGAGUCUGGAUCAGAGGCCCGGGCGCCCGCACGACCCCAUCCGCCUGUGCAGCGCCUUCAGCCGGCGUGCGCUGGCGCUGCUGCCGCGGUCAUGGUCGAGGCGCUGGAUGAUGCAGAGGGGCUGUUUGUUGCCGUGGAGAGAUGUCCGCUCUGCAACACCGCCAGACGCAGACUGACCUGCGCCCGGUGCAUUCAGAACGGGGAUUUCGUAUAUUUUGACGGAAGAAAUCCGGAGAGGUAUUCAGAAAAACUUGAAAGACUCCAGAAGCUGAAAAAUGAAAAGGAGAAUCUUCAACAGAGUGUCAUCAAAGCCAUGGACAAGAAAGUCGAGGCAGACCAGCUUAAGUGGAAAAUCAUGUCAUGCAGGAUGAAGAUCCAACAACUUAAAGAGGCCAUCUGCACUAGCAAUGAAGAAGUCAAGAGUGGCAGGGAGCUGUUGUUGCGUUCCCAGGAGGAAGGGCAGCGGCUGCAGCGCAGGGCCAGCCGACAUCAGGAAAAGAGGGACAAAAUUAAGCGGCACAACCAACGUCUGGGCGAGCUCCUGGAGAAGAGAUCCAAAGAGCUGCAGGGGAGGCUGGGUGCCCUGGCUGAGGUGCGGAGAGAGCACAUCCUGGAGCUCACCACUCACAUCUUCAACAUCCAGGAGGAGAAGCAGGGCAGCAGGGACCCAGCGGAUCCAGCCGUGGCUGAGUAUGACCUUGCUCUGACCUCCAGCACCGUCAGUGAACUCGCAGAGGCGAGGCGAACCACCUAUCACUCAGGCCGCUGGAUCUGGGACGAUCAGAACGGAGAGACAAGCAUCAGUAUCACUGGGCCACACGUCACACUUCCCAGUAAUGGAGACUGCUCAGCCUAUUACAGCUGGGUGGAGGAGAAGAGUGGAAACCAGGGGCCAGAGUUGGACCACAUCAACCCGGCACACACCAUCAGUGCCGCCCUCUGUUAUGCCACACAGCUCGUCAAUAUCCUGUCUCAUAUUCUGGAUGUCAACCUUCCGAAAAAGUUGUGCAACAGUGAGUUCUGCGGAGAUAAUCUGACUCGCUACCGAUUCACCCGUGCCGUAAACAAGCUCAACACCAACAUCCUGCACCUCUGCUUCUCACAGCAUGUUGACAGCGAGCUGCUUCAUCCUCACCACACUUUGAGGAAUAUCAUGUUUCUAGUGUCUCCAGCAAACAAGAACCUUGGCAGAACGGGGCCGUUUGAGGUGAGCGCUGACUUGGAAGACUCUAUGGAGUUUGUGGAACCAGAGGAGGCUGGACCUGUGGAGGAGAGUGGAGACGAGGUAGUGACGGAUGAAGAAACAGACUUGGGCACAGACUGGGAGACUGUUCCAAGCCCUCGCUUCUGUGACAUCCCCUCCCAGCCUAUGGAUCUUUCCCAGAGCGGCAUGCAGGCGUCCCAGCCAGUUGGCAAUGCAGGGGGCAUGAUCUCCUCGGCGGCCGCAUCCGUCACGUCCUGGUUUCGCGCCUACACCGGGCAGCGCUGAGAUCUGGUGGAUGUGGGGUGGUUAGAACUAUGCAAACACCCUAUUACUGUCACCCACAUUACUUGUCAACUUGCCUGUUGGGGGAAAUAAAGGGAAGUUUUCAUCUGGCUGCUCAUACUGAAUAAAGUAUAAACCAGAGUGAAGCAUGUGUUCCUCAGAAACAA